CCCUUAUUAGCUGAGCGCUGCUUCACACAGGCAGCCAUGGGGCCGAGGGAAGAGCCGAGGCGUUCUAGGGAGAAGGGGUCCCUGGAUUUGGAGGUGUUGGUCAGAGCUCUACCAGGUGGACAAAUGCCAAAUAAGGGUGGCCAGCGCAUACUCCUUCAUGUUCUGUCAUACAUAGAAUUUCUUCAGGGAAGAAUUUGGGAUGAACAAAAGAGACAUAUUUCAACAACUAGUCCACAAGUUUCAUAUCUUCCAGUAAGGUCUUUUGGAAAUGCCUGCAAUGUCACACCCAUGCAACAAAAAUCACACAGACAACCUCAAAAACCUAGGAAGUGCGGGUUUCUGAAAGAGCAUUGUGGACCUACCCUGAAGUCACAUCAGCCUUUGUCUGUAAGUGCAUACAAAGGCACUAAACUGUGGAGCCCAGUAAAGGACAGAGAAAAAAAAAGAUUUUUUGAAGGUUUUGAUGCACAGUUUGGUAUGAAUGUAAAGGAGAAACAAAGACAAAAACUGGUCCCAUAUCACUCACCCUCAUCAUCUGAUAAUGGUGAUAAUGGCCCAUGGCUUCUGUCCAUCUCCCUAUCACCAAAUUGUCCAGAAGCUAUCAACCUCCAAAAAACACCAACAAUUACUGCUGUUCAACUUGGACUCAGUCCAUCUCUCCUUUCACCUCCCACUGAACAUUUUCAACAGAGCAUUUCUUCUCCAGUGCUAUUUGAAGAUGUAUUUCUUAGCUCCAGCUUUUCCCCUGAUAGUCAGAAGUCAUUGCAUCUUUCAACCUUUAGUGUUGAUCACAGCUACCAAUCUCAGAGUGAAAUUAGCACAGAUACUGAUUACUGGAGGCACUUUAAUCAACCUGAGCAUGACAACAUUACAGAGUUGCACAGGCAUCAGGGAGGCAGAAGAAAAGGAAGAGCCAGACGAAUGCUGGUAUACACCUCUUUGUCCAAUGAAGAUUCAAAUCUCAAUUCAUCUUUUUCCCCUCAUGCAAAGCGCAGACGAAGAGGAAGGAAAGGGAAAUCGGGACGUAAAUGUGCCCCUCAAUCACAACGCUUCAGAAAGAAAUGUGUGAAUGGGUUUAUUAUGUUCUGCAGAGUAAACAGGCGUCCUUAUCUAAGUGCUCACCCCGGCACAGCAUCUACAACAGCUACAAAGGAGCUGGCAGAACUAUGGAGGGAAAUGUCAGCGCAGGAGAGACAUCCUUACUGUGUUAAAGCAAUUCAGUACAGUAUCUUGCAUGGCAGAAUGGUUAAACAGUGCUCUCCUGGACUGUCACAGGAUAAUCUCUCAUCACCGGAACCUCUUUCUGUGCUGCUGGCAAAAAGAAAUUAGUACCCUUUUACACAGAAAUUACACAGAUUUUUUAAUGACUUUGGUUGUCUUAGUUUUCUUCCCUAUAAAUAUUAACUGAAAAGUUAAAACACAUUGGAACUAUUACUACCAUAUUUUCAUGAAAUGAUAAUGGAGGUUUCACCUCUGUAUUAUAAACUAGCAGAUGCAACAGUGUAUAUUUAGUUUCUUUGAGUUUUACAGAAGUGAAUUGCUGCAGUGCAGAAAUGAAUUUGGCCAAAACAAGUGCACCCUUGUCUUGUCUUCUGCUGCUUUGCUGCCGCUGUUCUUUCCUUCUGUUUUAUUUUGGAUAUUGGUGUCCAUUUUAAUUGUUUUUAAUGGUUUGUCCCUUUUUGUAUUUUAGCUUUUUAAUUUGUAGUAUAUUAAAGUUUACAAUUACUUUAUCUACUAAUAGUAGAUAUCACUGGGGAAUUUUAAAUCAUUGCUCAUCCAUUUAAGUUCAAUUCAGCAUAUACUUUAGUGUGAAGAAUCCUUUGUUGUUUGUAUAAUUAUAAAACAAUAUUACAUCUGGA